AAUGAGCUUCUCUGACCAUGGUGCUUUGCUUCCACACCUCACCUCGCAGUUCUCAUGUUUCUCUCAUUCCUGUUUGUCUCUUGGGAGGCCAGAGGACAGGCACUAGGGUCACACAGAUGGGUUUGAAUCCUAGCUGCACGACACAGGACCCUCCCUGGCUCUCUUAGCUCUUGUUGUAAAAGAACAGGAAAGCUGGAGAGGGCUUCGGAGGUCUCUUCUGCCCAGAAACAGCCUGGGGACCAGCAAAACUGACCGGUGAACUUUGUUGUCUACGUACAGGACAACUGCGGACCAGCUGGUCUCUUGCAAUCCUGUACUUCCGUACCCCUGGAGAGAUAGGGAUCAGAGAUGCUGCAUGUUGGCCAAACCUGAAUGAAAUGUCCAAACUGGUGAUGAAUGUAGUCAGUCGUGUGCUAGGGUCUGAAACAGACUGGGGUGGGGGCGGGGGAGCAGCUGGCGUCAGCUUGUUUCUGGUUUUGGGACCAGUCACGCAGCCUAGUUUUGGUCACAGGACCAGAGGGGUCUCUAAGACUCCUCCUCAGAUGAGAUUAUGGUUUCUCUAAGAGCUAUCUAGGUGGUUCAUUACCUAAAAUGAAGAAUGUCCUGUGCAACAGAGAAAAAUCCCUAGGUACUGAUCCUGGAGUCUGAGUCUCUCUCUCGUGUAGACCUCUUUUAAUUUUGUUUUUCAAUAUUUAUUUUUUGGGAGAGCACAGGUGAGGGAGGGACGGAGUGAGGGAGACAGAGGAUCUAAAGCAAACUGCGCUGACAGGCUGACAGCGGCCAGCCCGACAUGGGGCUCGAACUGAGCAACCGCAAGAUCAUGACCUGAGUGGAGGUCAGACGCUUAACCGACCGAGCCACCCAGGCGCCUCAUGAAUUUUAAUUUUUGUAUCUUAUCUUUCACUGUUGUUAAAGCCUUAUGUAACUAUACUGUGUAGAGUCUUGUGAGUUUUUUCAGUUAGCCAACCCUGGGUGAUGGCUGGAGACGGGGCACUGUGAUUGGCAUACUGGAAACCCGUGGUUCCUCUUUUAAAUUUAAAUGAUGGCUAAGACUUUGGGAGAAAAAAAAAAAAAAAAACAAUGAAAAGUGGGAGUAUGAGAAAAGAAUGAAAAGAGUUCAAGCCACAGAGGCCAGGCUGGCUGCUGAGGCAUCAGUGGCUUGAUUUCAAGUAGGAGAACUAUUGAUGGGAGGAAAAGCAGAGCAGGGAGGGACCGGUGGUAGAUCCUGAACCAGAGCAAAGAGCUAAGCUAUUAGCACAAACUCAGAGAGGAAGUCCUCCCAGAAAACCAUUUCUUGGCUGGUUUGGGCUGCUUUGGCAAAAAUGAAAGUAAGAGCCUCAGGCAGCCGAGUCCACCAAGGUUUGAUCUGUUCGUUCUGGGAAGGGAUGUGAUGGCAAAGGAGAGUUGGGGAGAUAUUUCUUUUGGUCAUAAUGUGACUCUCAUCUGCUAGCCACCAAAGGGAAUGUACAGGGCAAAAGAGAAUUGAAACAAAGGGGCGAUUCCAUUGAAACCUCGGUAACCUUCUGGUCUGAUAUACCUUCCUGGAUAACCUCCGCGGAGACAGAUUUCCUGCACUAAUGACAAAGGAGCUCUUCCUUGCACUGGAUCCUGCCAAAUGAAGGGCAUGCUUGCUCUUAAUCAAGAUCCUCAGCUGCAGCUUUUGCAGAAAUAAAAUGGCGGCCCAGGAGGCGGCCCAGGAGGAUAGGAUUUCCGAGUUUGAUUUUGCUUUGCUCCCGGAGCUGUCUGCUUUUCUAGGCAUAGAUGCAGUUCAGUUCGCCAAAGAAAUGGAAGAAGGAUUUCAGAAGGAACGAGAAAAAAUGCAGAAAGGCUUUAACUCACACAUGCGCAGUGAAGCAAAAAGGUUGAAGAGUUUUGUGACCUAUGAGCACUACAGCUCAUGGACGCCACAGGAGAUGGCAGCAGCCGGGUUUUAUUUCACUGGUGUAAAAUCUGGGAUUCAGUGCUUCUGCUGCAGCUUAAUCCUCUUUGGUGCCCACAUCCACAGACUCCCCAUAGAACUUCACAAGAAGUUUUGUCCACGUUGUGAGUUCCUUUUGGGCAAAGAUGUUGGUAACGUUGGCAAGUAUGAUAUAAGAGUCAAGAAUCCAGAGAACAUGCUGAGAGGCGACAAAGCAAGGUACCAGGAAGACAGGGCCAGACUCGAAUCCUUCCAGAACUGGCCAUUUUACGUGCAAGCGGUAUCCGUGAGGGACCUCUCAGCUGCUGGCUUUGUCUUUACAGGUAAACGGGACACCGUGCAGUGUUUUUCCUGUGGUGGAUGUUUAGGAAACUGGGAAGAGGGAGACGAUCCUUGGAAGGAACAUGCCAAGUGGUUCCCCAAAUGUGAAUUUCUUCAAAGUAAGAAAUCCUCAGAGGAAAUUGCACGGUAUAUCCAAAGCUACAAGGGAUUUGUUGGUGUCACGGGAGAACACUUUGUGAAUUCCUGGGUCAAGAGAGAGUUACCUAUGGUGUCAGCGUAUUGCAAUGACAGCAUCUUUGCUAAUGAAGGACUACGACUGGAAUCUUUUAAGAGCUGGCCCCAUGCAUUCCCUGCAGGAGUUUCAGCUCUGGUCAGAGCAGGUCUUCUCUAUACAGGCACGAAGGACAUCGUCCAGUGUUUCUUCUGUGGAGGAUGUAUGGAGAACUGGAAGGAAGGUGAUGACCCAUUAGAAGAUCAUGCCAAAUAUUUUCCCAAUUGUCAGUUUCUCCAAAAUCUGAAGUCCUGUGCAGAAGGGAUUCCAGAUGACCACAACCACUGUGAACUUUCUGAAUUAACGGACACCACAAGUGAAAGCUAUGGUGAAGAUUCAGCAGCAGUUAGUUCUGUAGUACCAGCAGUGGCCCAGGGUGAAGCCCAGUGGCUUCAGGAGGCGAAGAAUCUGAGCAAGCAGCUGAGAGAAUCCUAUACCAGUGCCAGUUUCCGCCACAUGUGUUUGCUUGAGGCCUCUCCCUCUCUGGCCACCGACCACUUGCUGGGUUGUGAUCUAGCCCUGGCUUUAAAACACAUCAGCAGUCCUGUGGAAGAGCCCGUGGUGUUGCCGGAGGUCUUUGCCAACUUGAACUCGGUCAUGUGUGUGGAGGGCGAAGCAAGUAGUGGAAAGACAGUCCUGCUGAAGAAAAUAGCUCUUCUAUGGGCAUCAGGAUGCUGUCCCUUGCUGAACAGGUUCCAGCUGGUCUUCUAUCUCUCCCUUAGUUCUACCAGACUGGACCAGGGGCUGGCCACCAUCAUUUGUGACCAACUCCUAAAAACGGAAGGCUCUGUCACCGAAAUGUGCCUGAGGAACAUCAUCGAGCAGUUAAAAAAUCAAGUGUUAUUCCUUUUGGAUGACUACAGAGAGAUGUGCUCAGUUCCCCAGGUCAUAGAAAAACUAAUUCAAAAAAACCACUCAAGGAGCUGCUUAUUGAUUGGUGUACAUACAAACAGGGCCAGGGACAUCCGCCGAUACCUAGACACGAUUCUGGAGAUAAAAGUGUUUCCCUUCUAUAAUACCAUGUAUUUAUUACGGAAACUCUUUUCACACGAUAUGAGUUGUCUGCGAAAGUUUAUGGUUUACUUUAGAAUGAGCGAGAAUUUGCGGGGAAUUCACAAGACUCCUCUCUUUGUAACAUCACUGUGUGCUAACUGGUUGCAGUAUCCUUUGAACAAAGCCAUUGAUGGUGUGGCUGUUUUCAAGUCGUAUAUAGAAUGCCUUUUCUUAAAGCACAAAUCUAAAGCUGAACUUGUCAGAGCAACCGUGUCCUCUUGUGGCCAGCUGGGCUUGAAAGGUUUGUUUUCAUCUUGCUUUGAGUUCAGUGACGAUGACCUUACAGAAGCAGGAAUUGAUGAAAGGGAAGAUUUAGUUUCGUGCCUGUUGAGCAAAUUCACAGCCCAGAGACUAAGACCGGUCUACCAGUUUCUAAAUCCCGCAUUCCAAGAAUUUCUUGCAGGGAAGAGGCUGAUUGAACUUCUGGAUUCUGACAGGCAAGAAGAUCAAGAUUUGGGACUUUCUUAUUUGAAACAAAUUAACUCAUCAGUGACGGCUGUAGGUCUCUACAGCAAUUUUUUGAAUUACUUCUCCUGCCACCCUUCAACAAAGGCAGGGCCAAAGAUGGUAUCUCAUUUGCUUCAUUUGGCAGAUAGUAAAGAGUCAUUGGAGAUAAUAAUGAAAAACAAUGACUACCUGAAGCACCAUCCAGAAAUUUCAGAGAAGUUGGAAUGUAUGAGGUCAGUGUGGCAGGUAUCUCCAGAAAGUUACUUUUCAAUCAUUUCAAACCAGUUACUGUCUCUUGCCAUAAAAAUUGCUUACCAAAGCCACACUGUUGCUGCCUGCUCUCCAUUUAUUUUGCAGUUCCUUCAAGGGAAAACCCUGAAUUUGGAUGUACUUAAUUUACCGUAUUUUUUUGACCACCCAGAAAGCCUAUUAUUGUUGAGGAGCAUCCAGGUCUCCAUAAGAGGAAAUGAGGUACACACACUAGAUUUGUCAGUCUUGGAAACAUGCAUAGACAAAUCACAGGCACCGACUGUUGAUCAGGACUGUGUUUCUGCCUUUGAAUCUGUGAGUGCGUGGAAGCAGGAUAUAGCUGAAAAAGAAGAAAACGUAAAGCACUUUCAGAACCUGAGACUCGUGAAACCACCAGACAUCAGUUCUGGCUAUUGGCACCUUUCUCCAAAGCAGUACAAGAUCCCCCUUCUGGAAGUGCAUGUGUCUGGAGGGGCCACUGUGAACCAGGAGAUGCUCAGGGUUCUCACAGUCAUUUUCUCGGCCUCGCAGUGCAUCGAACUCCAUUUACAAAACAGUGGGGAAUUUAUGGUGGGCAUCGGCCCUGCUCUGGAGCAGAGUAAGGACUCUGUCACCAAGUGCUCAGUGUUCUGCCUGGAGCUGAGCACAGCAGAACAGGAAUUGCUUCUCACCCUGCCUGCCCUGGAGUCUCUUCAAGUCUUGGGGACAAGGCAGGUACCAGGUAAACUUUUUACUAAUUUGGACAAGUUCCUAUGCCUGAAAGAACUCUCUGUGGAUCUGCAUCAUCAACAAAAUGUUUUUGCACUCAUUCCUGAAGAAUUCUUCAAUCUCCACCACAUGGAGAAAUUACUGAUCAAAAUUUCAGCUGAGUAUAGUCCUUCUAAGCUAGUGAAAUUAAUUGAGAAUUCUCCAAACCUUCAUGUUUUUCAUCUGCAAUGUAAUUUCAUUUCGGAUUUUGAAUCUCUCAUGACUGCACUUUCUUCCUGCAAGAAACUCAAAGAAAUUAAUUUUUCUGGAUCAUUUUUCACACCCAUCCCAUUUGUCACUGCUUUGCCAAAUUUUAUUUCCCUGAAGAUACUAAGUCUUAAAAACCAACAAUUUCCUGAUAAGGAAACAUCUGAAAAAUUUGCCUACACCUUAGGUUCUCUUAACAACCUGGAAGAACUGGAACUUCCUACUGGGGAUGGGAUUCAGCAAGUGGCCAAACUGAUCAUCCAGCAAUGUCAGCAUCUUCAGUUUCUUCGAAUUCUCUCAUUGUGCCAGAUUUUGGAUGAUGACAGUGUGAUGGAAAUUGCCAAGGUAGCAAUCGAUGGAGGUUUCCAGAAACUUGAGGACCUAAAUCUUUCAGUCAAUCACAAGAUUACAGAGGAAGGAUACAGAAAUUUCUUUCAAGCACUGGACAACAUGCCACACUUGAAAGAGUUGACUAUUUCUAGGCAUUUUACUGAAUGCAUCAAAGCUCAGGCCACAACAGUCAAGUCUUUGAGUCAGUGCAUGUCACGACUGCCAAGCCUCAUCAGACUUAACAUGUUAAGUUGGCUCCUGGAUACAGAAGACAUCAAACUGCUUACUGCCAUGAAGGAAAGACAUCCUCAAUCUAAACGCUUAUUUAUUCACUGGAAAUGGGUACUGCCAUUCUCUCCAAUCGUUCAGGAAUAGAAGAUGUACCUAAAAACUGAAUUACAAAUUUGUGUCAACAAUCCUAAAAACUUCCCUCUCCAAAAACAUUUUAUUAAGUCUUGCACACAAAAGGAUAUUUACAGUAAGGCAUGUUAAAGAAAACCCCAAAACCACUACCAGAACCUUUGCAGUCCCUGAAUGAUUCUCUCCAACUAAAUAGAGAUCAGUUCUUCAAUCAAGUUUAUAUACCUAACCCUCCACAAUCGAGGAUCAGCAGCCGGUUUUCAGACUGUGGUAAGGAGGAUAAAAAGAGUUAUGGGAAUGGAGUGAGGUACACAGAUCUUAAAGAUGGCUUUAAGAAGUAUUCAAGUUACAUAUAAUGUGAAUUUCAAGACUGAAUCCAUUUUCUACAUAAAUGAAACAAGACUUUACCACCAGUCCAGUUUAAUCUUUUGUGGGCCAAGAGAUACGCCUUAAUGCUUCUAAGAUUUGUUGGGUAUAUUAAUUUUGGUAUAAGAGGCCCAUACAAGGUAGAAGUAAGAUUUAAGGGAAAAAGCUCCUAGUACAGAGGCUUUUGAUUCAACACUUACUGUAUCAGCAUGAAGUACAAAAUAGCACUUCUAAGAUUCAAACUAAAAUGGAGAGGGCACCGCCCUCCACAUCAGGUUUGUUGAAAUGCAGCCCAAGAAGGUUUGAGCUUUGGGCAUCUGGCUGACAAAGUGCCUUAGAGGUAUUAGAGGAAGCCAUUCAUGUGGGGGUACUGCGCUAGAAAAACCACGCGUCGCAUGGAUCUGUUAGAAGAACACACUGGAAGCAGGGAAAGAAGUCUCUUGCUCCUACAGUGUCUUACCACUACUCUCUACUGACAAAGCUUUAUACUGUGCCUGCUGCGGGGACAGGUCGUUACAGAGUGAAGAUCUAUUACUGCAGAGAAGGGCAAUAAAGGCUGGAUUUGGACACGAGAAGCAACGACUUGAUAACUGAUAAAACUAUUACUUAUUAAAUAGCUUAGACCUAAACUAAAAAGAACCUUGUUAGAUUUAAGAUUGAUAGGAUGCACAUAAAUAUUUAUAGAAAACCUCUUACAUGAUCUAGAAGACACAGGGAACCGGCUAGUGAUUGACUUCAGGGAGGGGGGCCAGGAUAGCAAGGGAAUAGCAGGAAGGUCUGUUUCUUUUUUCUUUGCAGAUCUUUUGUACUAUUUGAAUUCUGUACCAUGUGUGUGUACUAUUAAAAAUGGUAUUUUAAAAACUAAGAGAACUCCAUGCAAAUAUCUCUCCAAACCUUCUGAUAAGGGCUUCUAGUUUAAAGCAGGGGGCUCCAAGUACGGCCUGAGUCUGUAGAGCCUCUGGGCGAAGACUAGUUUUUACAUUUUUCCAAUAAAAAAAUAACAUACAUGUGACAGAGACCAUGAUCAGUGGCCUGCAAGGCUAAAAUAAUUCUGGCCCUUUACAACGAAUGGAAUACUUCCAUGAUAGACUGUUUUUAGAUUGUAAGAUUCCCAUGCCCUUUUAUUCCUGUAUGUUAGUCUCCACAUGAUGCCCAGGCCAUCCCUCAUUGCCCUGUCACCCUCAUGUUUCUAAACUUCUCCCUUUCUGAUCACAUGUUCCAACACUCUACCACUCUCUAAAUCCUUCCACUGUACCCUACCCACAUGAGAAACCUCCUCUACCAUUCUCAACUUCUUAUCCAAACAAUAUCUUCUUGUUCUAACUUCCCCUUUCUCGAAUUUUUACCAUGACUCACAGUAAGAAAUUUCCUAUCAACAAUCAACA